CGCUGUGGAAUGGAGAAGCUGAUCUGAUCUGAUAUAAGCUCACUAGACAAUGUGAGCAGACUAAUGGUCAGUUUCUUUUACAUUGGAUCGUAGUAUCUAUCUACUACCUAUUCAUGGUACAGGGUAUAUACAGAGAGACCCACUGUAGGACUUGUAGUAGACUACUUAGCAGUGGAUGAUAUCAGUUGUGCGCGAAUCCAGUAAAUAACAACAGUACAUAAGUACAGCAGUACGGACCCUGAGACACUACUCAGUGUAUAAGUAGUAGCUAGACGGCAGCUGAUGCUUCACUUCGCUUAUUUCUUCCUCCCACAACCACCCUAUUUUAAACCUCUUUAAUCAACUCAUACUUUAAUAAAACUAAAUUAUGUCCCAUCCCAAGAAAGUCCUGGUCACCUGCGCCACGGGCAAUCAAGGUCGUGGCGUGGUGCAGCACUGUCUCGCCGCAGGCCACCAAGUCUGUGCCUACGUCCGCGACCCGACUAUGCCCACCGCCACUCAACUUGCACAAUGGGGUGCCACUCUUGUGCCGGGCAACCUGGAUGACCUCGAGGCCCUGCGUACCGCUAUGCACGGUGUGGACGCAGUGUUUCUCACUGAGGUGCAGACCGGCGACUGCGAGGGGGACCUGCAGCGGAGUAGCAAUGUCAUCCUUGCGGCGCAGGAGGCGGCGGCCACUGUCACCCAUGUGAUUGUGUCAACGGCGAUCAAGACGGGUCAGCAUGCAUCCUUUCCAGGAUGGGGAAAGCCGGACUCUCAUGGUGGUGGUGAAGAUGAAGAUGAUGCUGCUGCUCGUGCUCAUCCGAUGCGACAAUACUGGCUGAACAAGCACACUCUGGAGACCCGCGUCCGUGCAGCAGCAGCAGCAUCAUCCUCAUCGGACGGCUUCAUCAGACACUGGACUAUUGUGCGACCGGGUCACUAUUUGCAGAACCUGCUCCCACCUGUGAACGCUCUCACAUUUCCCGGGUUUGAGCAAGACCGGAUCCUGCGGGUGGCAUGGUGGCCUCAGACACAGCUGCCCUGGGUGGAUGCAGGUGAUGUGGGGAUUGUGGUCGCGGUAGCCAUCACGGACCCUGAGCGCUACUCGCAUCGGGCCAUUGAUCUUGCGGUCGAAGCACUCACGGUGGAGCAGUUGGCUGGGAAGCUUGAUCGGGCCCUAAGCAAAGGGGGGGUGCCGGUGUCAGUGGAGUAUCGGUCGGAGGAGGAGGUGGACGAGAUGAUCCGGUUGGGGAAUCCGGUGGCUGCAGCCCAGCAAUGGGCGAAUCAGGUCCCUGGCGGGGAUGCGGUGGGCAAUUGUCGGGAUGAUCUGGGGACACUCGUUCAGGCUUGUACCUCGGUGGAUGCUUUUUUGGCGGCGAAUGCCUCAAGGCUUUAAACCUGCAAUGAUCAUUACUAGCAAGAAUUG